GGUCACUCCUAUUCAGCACAACCUUAGCCCAUGUUUGUGUGUGUCUCUAAAGUGCCAGUCCAGGUAUAUUUAACUGGACAGUGGAGCUUUGUGGGGCCAAGGCAGACAAGACCAUGCAGAGUUGACCAGCCUGGGACCAAACUUCAGGUGACAGAGCUGAGACAGGAAUGCCCCUGCCAAGGUAGGAGCCGUACAUUCAGGGCCUGUUGUCCAGGAUCAGGAAGAGAAAGAGACCUGGAUGCUUUUUGCCAUUCUGAUGGUAAAUGAUGAGACAGGCAACCAUGGAUUUCAGCACUCCAUCUGUGUUUGAUCAGCAUAAAGGUGAUUCAUCUGAGGAAGUUGACCUGAACAUGGUUUAUCAAGCAGCAUCUAAUGGAGAUGUCAAUGCUCUGACUGCUGUGAUUCGGGAAGACCCUUCCAUCCUAGAAUGCUGUGACAGUGAAGGAUGUACACCCUUAAUGCAUGCAGUUUCUGGACGUCAAGUGGACACAGUGAAGCUGCUGUUGAAGAUGGGAGCAAAUAUUAACAUGCAGGACGCUUAUGGCCGCACAAGUCUCUGCCUGGCAACCUAUCUGGGUUGGCUGGAAGGUUGUGUGAGUCUACUCAGAAAUGGUGCCAAGCACAAUAUCCCAGAUAAAAAUGGCCGUCUGCCACUGCAUGCUGCCACCGCUGAGCCUGAUGUGAGGCUCCUGACAGUCCUGGUGCAACAGUCAGACCUGAGCGAGAUUAAUCACCAGGACAAUGAGGGAAUGACACCACUCCACUGGGCAGCUUUCCACAACCGGCCUCUGCAUACCCAAAUGCUGCUGAAGAAGGGAGCAGACCCCACUCUUGUGGAUAAAGAUUUUAAAACGGCUCUCCACUGGGCAGUCCAGAGUGGAAAUAGAAUUCUGUGUUCCAUCAUUCUGAGCCAUCACCAGGGUCCAUCCAUAAUCAACUGUGAUGAUGAGAGUGGGAAGACGUGCGUGCACAUCGCUGCAGCAGCAGGCUUCAGCGACAUCAUCGGCGAGCUGGCGAGAGUCCCUGAGUGCAACCUGCAGGCUCUGGAUGUGGACGACAGGACACCUCUGCACUGGGCUGCAGCUGCAGGGAAGGCAGACUGUGUGCAGUCACUGUUGGAGCUGGGCAUGGACAGCAACCUGCGAGACAUCAAUGAGAGCACGCCCCUAGCCUACGCCCUGUACUGCGGCCACACGGCCUGUGUCCAGCUCCUCUCCCAAGACAGCAGAACAGAGCCUACUCGACCCCUUCCUUCCCAGAACAGUAGACCCCAGAGGAAGGAGGGACGAUUCAGCAUGCUCAAUCAUAUCUUCUGCAAGAACAAAAAAGAAGAGCAGAGAGCCUAUCAGAAGGAUCACAGCAGGGACUGGCACAUGGGGGAGCACACCUCGGAAGUCGAUGACAUCAUCACCACCUUUGACAGCAUCCUGGAUACCAACUGUCAGGAACAGCCUGGUGAUCAGGUGGCUAUGGUGGACUUUAAGAAGAGGGCCUCAGAGAAUUCAAAAUAUCACUUGCCAGAAAAGAAGCCCUUGGCCCAUAAAGGUCUUCCACCAGUCAGAACGCAGAGCCUCCCACCCAUCACCCUGGGCCAUAACUUCCUGACAGCCUCCCAGGGGGCCACUUCCCAUGCUGGCCUGAGCUCUGGUUCUCAUCACACAGCCCAGCGAUCUCAGAAAAGUCGAAGUGAGCAGGAUUUAUUGAAUAACAGAACUGGCUGCCAGGCAUUGCUGGAUAACCCUUGGAAAGGGGAUUCUAACCAGGUGUUCUAUAAAGCAUGGACUGUGUCUUCUUCUGAUAAGCUGUUAGACAGGUUGCUCACCAGCAAAUCUCACCAGGAGGUGUCAGGACCACCACAUCUUCCUCAUCUACAUAAUCCUUCAUCAGGACAAAAUUUUCAGCAUCUCUCACCAAACAGACCCAAAAUUAGGGAUCUUCCUCUCACUCGGAACAACCUAGCUCCCCUACCAGACCAAAAGUUUCUAUCUGGAGAACCUCUACGGACAAACCGAGUGCUGCCUGCUAUUCCAAGCCAGCGGGGACCCAGCCCAUCAACUGAAGAGAGUGAAAACUCUGCCAAUCCCACCAAUGAUGGAAAUUAACUGUGGGUCACUGACUAUAAAGAUAUAGAUUAUAUGUAUUUUCAGCUGUCAAAGGAUGAGAUUACUCUAGUUUGUAAGAACAAAGACUAAUUUAGUAAAUUGCAUUCUAUAAGCCAUUCAUGGUUUUAUAACUCCCAGUUCUUUAUUCCAAAUAAGCGCUUAGAAUCUUUGUGCGUACAAGUAUGUGAGUCUCCAUGGCCCCUACAUGGCAAAAUAAAAAGCCCCAACACGUUACCAGCAGGGAGCCCUAGCUCUGUCUGCUUUGCUUUGUGGAAUGUCUUGUUGACUUCUGUUUAAUGAUUUUAUGUUUUUAAAAAAUGUAUGCUUUGCUGAAUAAAAAACAAAGGGCAUUCCAUAUGUGUUCUUUACAUUUAUUACAAUUCUACCUUGGAAUAACAAAACUUAAUGAAAAUUAAAGUCAGUGUUUAUGGCUUUUAUAUGUACAAUCUUCUGCAA